UUCGAAUAUUGGAAUUCACUGAUUUGUCCAGCGCACUUUUCGGUUUCCACGCGAUUGGCCUUAGGAAAUGAGCAACCUACGCACUCAAAAGCGUUUGGCAUCAGCUGUAUUCGGAUGUGGAAAAAAGAAGAUUUGGCUCGACCCCAAUGAAACUACAACCAUCCAGAAUGCCAACUCUCGAAAAAUGAUACGGAAGUUGUUUAAGGAUAACUUGAUUAUCCGCAAACCUGUGACAGUACAUUCUCGUUCUCGAUGCCGGAAAAAUUUAAUUGCACGACGGAAAGGUCGUCACUCAGGAACUGGUAAAAGGAAAGGUACGGCAGAUGCACGCAUGCCUCAAAAGGUCCUAUGGAUGAGGCGAAUGAGGGUUCUUAGGCGUUUACUAAAGCGUUAUAGGGAGGCUCAUAAAAUCGAUAAACACUUGUACCAUUUGUUAUACCAACAAUGCAAAGGUAACCAGUUCAAGAAUAAAAGGGUCCUAAUUGAUCAUAUUCACAAGAAGAAAGCAGAACGUCUUCGAGCCAAACAGCUUAGCGACCAAGCAGAGGCAAUGCGUCAGAGAAAGCGUGAGUCUCGCGUUAAUCGUCAGCACAGGCUCGAAGAAAGAAAGAAAGCCGUAAUUGAGAGCUUUAAUUCAGCUAUGGUGAAACCAACAACUCCAGUCGUUCAAAAACCUGCACCUGCAGCUGAAACCAAACCCAAAGUAGAAGCUAAAACAGCUCCUACCCCUACACCAGCACCAGUAGUCGCACCAACUUCUCAGCCGUCUGCUGUAAAGGUAGAAGCUCCAGCAAAACCUGCUGUUCCAAAAGUGGCAUCGAAAGUCGCACCGCCACCGAAAAUUCCAACUGCGAAGACUCCAGCUGCUCCACCGAAAAUUCCUGAACCUGCUUCAUCCAAGUCAGCGACCGCGAAAAAGCCAUCCAAGCGUUAAGAUGAAAUAGAUGUUGAAUGGU